CUGAAACUAAACAAACCUGGACACACAAAGCCAGGAGAGAGCAUUCAGAGGAACACAUCACUUGAAGGAUGCAGGACGGGAGUUGGAAUCAGCCACUCCCCAUCUCUCUGCUGCUGAAGGAGUCGGCAGCAGGCGGGACUUUGGAAGGGGAUGUCGGCGUUUUUUCGGAGGCGUCCUCUGAUGGAGAACUCUACUUGGACUCAGUGACAGAGCUGGAAUCUGGAGAUGGGGACUUUGUAGAUCUGACUGCCUUCUUGAGCGCUGAUGAAAUCAAUCUUAGUCUAGACCUGGCCCGGGAGGCCUUUGUUGACACAGGUGAACCCGAAGCUCCAUCUCUCUCGAAUCCCACAGAAAAGGAGCAGGCUCCUCAAUCUACUCCCUCCUUUCCUGUGCCCCCUCAGACCACUGAAAACCUCACAAGUCCAAACCUGCACCAACCGACCAAAGUGCCAUGUCCAGACGAUAAUGCAGCCGUUAAGAUUCCCUCCAGUCAGAACACCGUCCACAGCAAAGUCACGCCCGGUGAGGCCCCGGCCUCGGUCGAGAAGGCGGUCCGUCACAAACCCAUCCAGCCAGUGUAUAAACAGGAUAAGCCCCGACUGCUUCAUGAAGGCUUGGAGCUGAACGACCGGGCGUCUUCAGCCACGGAGUUCUGCAGUCGGGCAGCGACGUUCAUUGAGGAGCUGUCCUCCAUCUUCAAAGGGUCUGCUCAUGUGGAGCAGCAGGUGGAGGAGGACUCCUCUUCCCCUGACAGCGGGUAUCUGUCUCCGAGAGGCCAGCAGGCCCUCCCGCAGGGUUCAGGCUUGGCUCCGUCUCUGCCUCCCGGGCACCAAGAGGAGACACAGUACAGCCAGUCAGAGACAAGCCCUCAUCCUGAAGUCUCGGCAGAAGCAGCAGCUUGUGGAAGGUAUCAAGAAUCUGGAAUUCCAACAGCACCUGGACCGCUGUCCCCUCCUCGCUUCCUCCAGAAGCUGAAGAGUCAGGAGGUGGCCGAGGGGAGCCCCAUCCGCCUGGAAUGCAGAGUCAGAGGAAACCCGCUGCCGCUCGUCAGGUGGUUCUGUGAAGGGCGAGAGCUCCAUAACUCUCCUGACAUCCAGAUCUGGAGGGAUGGUGACCUGCACACGCUGGUGAUCGCCGAAGCCUUUGAGGACGACACGGGACGCUACACCUGCGUGGCUUCCAACAGUCUGGGAGCUGACAACACCUCUGCUGAGGUCUACAUCGAAGGAGCUUCAUCGUCGGACUCGGAGGGAGAAGGAGCAGCAUCCAAGUCCAGAUCAGGAACCAUGCCUCAAGUCCAGAAGAAAACUACUUCAAUGUCCCUAACAAUUCGCUCAUCGUCUCCCAAAAACCCGGAGGUCCUUCCUCGCCGCUCCACUCUGGUCCAGUCCCUGUCUCAGCCCACACAGCGGAUGCAGAGCCCAGUGUCGUCACUGUACGGAGUUGAGGUGUCAGGUCCUCCUUUAUUCACCAAACUCCUGCAGGAUGCGCAGGCGUCCGAGGGCCAGGUGGUGGUCCUGGAGUGCCGGGUCCGUGGAGGUCCCCCCCUGCAGGUCCGGUGGUUCCGCCAGGGGAAGGAGAUCAUGGACUCCCCUGAUUUCCGGAUCCUGCAAAAAAAGCCCCGAUCUGCAGCCGAGUCAGAAGAGAUCUGUACCUUGGUGAUAGCUGAGGCUUUUCCCGAAGACGGAGGACUUUUCUGCUGCACGGCGUCCAACCCCCACGGCUCUGCAGAGAGCACGGCUCAACUCACCGUCACUCCAGCAGAGGACUCAUCCAGUAAUGGCAUGUCUGGCGACAGCUCCGGGUUUGAGGAUGCGGCGUCCUUCCCUCCUCCGCCUCCACCCACUGAGAUCAGCCUCCUGGAGCUGCCGCCCAAGACGGCUCCUCCGCCCGGCAGCGAGCCCUUCCUCAUCAAGGAGCUGGAGCUCUGGCCCAGCGUGGCGGCUCUGCCUCCCGUUCAGAUGAGCUCAGAUGUGGAAGACAACGACAGAGAGAAGGAGUCGGAGCAGAACGGCCAGCUUCCGAAUCCACCGUCACCUCCGAGUCUACCGCAAGACACCUCGCUGCCGCCCCCUCCUCCGCCUCCACCUCUGCAACAGUCCGACCCAACAAUAGAUGUCCCGGUUACAGCUCAGGACCCGGCCCACUUGGUACCAGACUCUCCUCCGACUUCAGGCAAACUGUCGCCAACCCCCGGAAAGGACGGCCCGCCGCUCCCCACCAAGCCUAAGCCAAAGCUGAACGCGUUCCAGCUGAAGCAACUGCAGGAUCAGAUUCUGUUGGAGCAGCAGGAAGCAGCCGUCUUGCAGCAGCAGAACCAGGACGUCCCGCCUCCGCCUCAACCUCCGCUUCAGGAAGCACCUCCACCUGCUCCACCGUCUCCACCUCUCCCCCCUCCCCCCUCCUUCCAGGAGCUGGAGAGCAGCGCAGCCAUGCACGCCACCACCUUCAACUACGCCCGACCCAAGCAGUUCAUCGCCGCUCAGAGCCCGGGCGGGUCGGGCUUCGUCACCCAGUCGUCCGGCUCCUCCGGGUCCAACCUUUCCUCCCCUCUGUCCCCACCGACCUCGCACAAGCCCUUUGGCAGGACCGCCGCGCCCCCCUUCACCAAGGCCGGCAGCAUGGAGUCUCCCAGCUCCCCAUCCUUCCCACCUCCGCCGCCGCCCUUCCUCAGCCCCGGCAACCUGCCCUCUCCGUCCAGCCAGGACUUCCCUCCUCCACCACCUCCUCCCCCUCCGCCCGUCUCUAUGUCCCCGGCACACUCGGAUAUGUCCUCGCCGUUCUCCUCCGUUCCUCCGUCUCCCGCCUCCAGCUUCCUGUCCUCUGUGUUACCCGCUACACCCUCCACACCCAGCAGCCCCACAGUCAACGCCCUGGGACUGCCUAAAGGCAACGGCACUGUCAAAGCGUUUCCGAGGAAGUCCUCCAUCACCAAGACGCCGCGCAUCGCCUCCGACUCCGACAUCCAGGGAUCUAAAGAUGCAGUCAUCCAGGAUUUGGAGAGAAAACUGCGCUUUAAAGAGGAGCGCAUAAGUAAUGGUCAACAGAGGUUAACCUAUGAGGAGAAGAUGGCUCGCAGACUGCUGGGUGCUGACAACGCUGCCACAGUCUUAAACACACAGGACACAGAGGAGGAGCCAGUCACACAGGAGUACAAAGUGUCCAGCUUUGAGCAGCGCCUCAUCAGUGAGAUCGAGUUUCGUCUGGAGCGCUCCCCUGUGGAGGAGUCGGACGACGACGUGCAGCACGACGAAGACUCCGCCGGCCGAGGCGUGGCGCCGUCCUUCGACCAGAAGCUCAAACACUACAAAGUCUUCGAGGGCAUGCCGGUCACCUUCUCCUGCAAGGUCAACGGAGACCCUAAGCCAAAGGUCUACUGGUUUAAAGAUGGCAAACAGAUCUCAAAGAGGAGCGAGCACUACAGGAUCAGCCGGGACCCUGACGGGACCUGCAACCUGCACACUGCGGCAGCCUCGCUGGACGACGACGGCAACUACACUAUUCUGGCAGGAAACCCUGAGGGCAGGGUGAGCUGCACCGGCAGGAUGAUGGUCCAGGCCGUGAACCAGCGAGGCCGGAGCCAGCGCUCGGCUCCCGGACACAUGCGCAGGCCCAGGUCCAGGUCCAGAGACAGUGGCGAUGAGAAUGAUAACAUCCAAGAGCGUCACUUCCGCCCACAUUUCCUGCAGGCCCCCGGGGACCUCAUUGUCCAGGAGGGCCGACUGUGCCGGAUGGACUGCAAGGUGAGCGGCCUGCCCACUCCAGACCUCAUCUGGCAGCUGAACGGCCAGACCAUCCGCCCCGACUCCGCCCACAAGAUGCUGGUGAGGGAAAACGGCGUGCACUCGCUGGUCAUCGAGCCCGUCACCAGCCGGGACGCGGGCAUCUACACCUGCAUCGCCAGCAACCGGGCCGGCCAGAACUCCUUCAACCUGGAACUCAUCGUCGCAGCCAAAGAGAUACACAAAGCCCCUUCGUUCGUGGAGAAGCUGCAGAACACCAGCGUGGCAGAGGGUCACCCAGUGCGGCUGGAGUGCCGCGUCACGGGGGUGCCCUACCCGCAGAUCUUCUGGAAGAGGGAGAACGAGUCCUUCACUCACAACACAGACAGAAUCAGCAUGCACCAGGACAACUGCGGCUACUUGUGCAUGAUCAUCCAGCCAGCCAUGAAAGAAGACGCAGGCUGGUACACAGUGUCGGCCAAGAACGACGCCGGCAUCGUCUCCAGCACCGCCCGGCUCGAUGUUCACACUCAGUGGCAGCAGCCGAACAUCCCCAAACCCAAGAAGGUCCGUCCGUCCACCAGCCGCUACGCCGCGCUGACAGAGCGGGGUCUGGACGUCAAGGCGGCCUUCUUCCCCGACUCCAGCCCGCUGCCUCCCGGCGGCCUGGUGGAAAGUGACGACCUGUAGAGUCGACGGGGGGAGGGAAGGCGCCAGGAGGAACAACCCCCCCCCCCUGGGGAAAACCCCGAAAGCUGCCCCGGAUUCCAGCUACCCCCGAGACCCUCACACUUAACGACGGAGGGGGAAGAGGGCACAGUGUAAUCUUGUCCACCACCACUGAACUGCAGAGAGAGACGUACGGGGCGAGACGGUGCAACCAUGGUGGUUUUUUUUUUUACAGAAUGUUUCCCCAAGUUUUGGUUUGAUCAGCUGACAUCUGGAAAAAAAGAUGGAUGACAGUAGACUUGCUCAUAAACACAAACUGGUACGGCUGACUCCGUUUGCAAAAAGAAGUGCCUCACAUUUCUCCACAGACACCGCACAGGUUACACAACAAAACUUAAUAUUUCUAUGCAUGUUCAAGUGGUGCCGCCUGCCAGACACCAUUACUGUAUCGACAAGUAGCGCUCUCUCUAAGUGGAAAAUAAAAUAAAUAAUAAUAAAAAGAGGGGAUUCAAAGCAACAUAGCUUUGACGUGACGGACAGGUUUGUGUAGGACAGUAUCAAGCUGUCUCAGAUUAGCGUAGCGACGUAGGGGAAGGCCGGGCCUUACAA